GUUUGUUCUUCGACAGUAAAGAGACACAGACUGAAGAACAGACGAUCAGAUUCACCUUCAGAUCAAACCAACAGCUUCCUCUGAGAGAGUCCAGCUACAACACUGCUGCUUCCACCUGCUGACACUCCACACACUGAAGCUUCUCUCAGAGACUAAAUGGCUUCCAGAUCAGAGGAGGAUCUCUGCUGUCCGGUCUGUCAUGAGGUCUUCAGAGAUCCUGUUCUUCUGUCCUGCAGCCACAGCUUCUGUAAAGACUGUCUGCAGAGCUGGUGGAGAGAGAAACCAGAUCCACAGUGUCCAGUUUGUAAGAGAAGAUCUUCCAGGGAAGAACCACCUUGUAACCUGGUGCUGAAGAACCUGUGUGAGGCCUUCUUACAGGAGAGAGAGCAGAGAUCUUCAGAGGCUCUCUGCAGUCUGCACUCUGAGAAACUCAAACUCUUCUGUCUGGACCAUCAGCAGCCAGUGUGUCUCGUCUGCAGAGACUCAGAAACACACACCGACCACAGAUUCAGACCCAUCGAUGAAGCUGCUCCACAACACAAGAAGAAGCUUCAGGAAACUCUGGAGCCCUUAAAGGAGAAGUUAAAGGGUUUUAAACAAGUUAAAGUGGAGUUUGAUCAAACAGCAGAACACAUUAAGGUCCAGGCCCGACACACAGAGACGCAGAUUAAGGAGCAGUUUAAGAAGCUUCAUCAGUUUCUAGAAGAGGAAGAGGAGGCCAGGAUGGCUGCACUGAGGGAGGAAGAGGAGCAGAAGAGUCAGGUGAUGAAGGAGAAGAUGGAGGCUCUGAGCAGAGAGAUAGCAGCUCUUUCAGACACAGUCAGAGCCACAGAGGACGAGCUGAGAGCUGAAGACGUCUCAUUCCUGCUCAGCUACAAGGCUGCAGUGGACAGAGUCCAGCAGCGCCCCCUGCUGGAGGAUCACCAGCUGGGCUCAGGAGCUCUGAUAGACCAGGCCAAACACCUGGGCAACCUGACCUUCAACAUCUGGAACAAGAUGAAGGACAUGGUCUCCUACAGUCCUGUGGUUCUGGACCCAAACACUGCUGGUCCAGAACUAAUCCUGUCUGAAGAUCUGACCAGAGUGAGACGAGGAGAGGAACAGAAGCUUCCUGACAAUCCAGAGAGGUUUGAUUAUUACUGCUCCUGCUCUGUCCUGGGCUCUGAGGGUUUUGACUCAGGGACUCACAGCUGGGACGUCGAGGUUGGAGACAGUACAGACUGGGAACUGGGUGUGUUAGAAGAGUCUGUCCAGAGGAAGGGAGACAUAGAGUCUGGAUUAUGGAGUAUAUGGUUUGAUGAAGGUAAAUACUCAGCACUGUCACCACCAGCUUCAUCCAUUGAUCUCUCAGUGAAGAAGAAGCUCCAGAGGAUCAGAGUGAAUCUGGACUGGAACAGAGGAAAACUGUCGUUCUCUGAUCCUGAUACUGACACACACAUACACACCUUCACACACACUUUCACUCACAAGGUGUUUCCAUUCAUUGACACCGAGGAUAAACUGAAGGUGUUACCACUGAAGGUCUCUGUGACAGUGGGACAGAGCAGUUAGAGAUAAAGAGGAUGAUUAUAUUUAUAAUGUUGUUUAUUUCUUAAAGGGAAAAGUCAGUGAAUUUAACCUCUUAAACUGCACCUGUCCUCCUGCUGUCUCAUUAUUCCAAAGCUUCCUUUAUUUUUAUUUUUAUUUCCUUUUUCUUCUUCUGUAGUUUCACUAUUUGCUUCUUCUUCUUCCAAACCUACAAUCACCAUCAUGGUCGUAUCCCUCCUCCACUCAGACUAGUUCCAAGUUACAUCCCUGUUUAUUCAGUGUCUUAGAAAAUAUUAAACAUUUGUCUGAAACUUUGUCUUAAUUGCUGAGUGAAGUCUUGAGUAAUGGCUAAAAAGUGUUUUCUGAGGUCACCGUGAUCUUUGACCUCUGACCACCAAAGACAAAUCAGUUUAUCUGUGGGUCCAAGUGAACAUUGAUGCUAAAUCUGAAGGGAUCCCUCAAGACUUUACUGAAUAACUGCAUGUUUGAUCAGCUGAUCAU